GUUGGUUAUAAAGCCAAACGUAUCACAUUAUCAAAAAUGUGUUAUGGAUUAUUGUUAUGAAAUUGUUGAUAACCCUACUCAAAGUAGAUAUAUUGUAUUAGAAAACGAUUAUUUCACAUUAAAUACAGAAAAUAUCAAAAAUGUCAAGUUUGAUUAUGAAUGUCGAAAUUAUAUUAUGUGUGAACUCAGCAGAAAAUGUCCUGAACGAUAUUAUAUGAAAAUGAUCGAUUGUUGUUUUGAAGAUGAUUUUGAAUUUAAAGAUGGUAUAUUUUACAAUAAACGAAAACCUUAUAUGUUUUUUACUAAUAACUAUGUACCAGAUUUAAAUAACAUAGCAAUAAAUAGUAUUAUGGAAAAUUACGAUGACAUAAAUAUUGAUAAUAUGAUUUCUAUUGUUGCUUCUAAAAAAUGUCACCAAGAUUUUUUUAUUAUUAAUAAUGGAAAAGGAAAAUAUACGAGCUGCAAUAUGCACACACGACAUCUUAAUUAUUUCGAAGAAGAAGAUAAAGACAUGAUCAUUGAAGAACUUUAUGAAAAUCCAGAUUUUGUUAUUAAGAAACGCCACUUGUCCGUCUCUACUAUAAAAGAAAAUGUUAAUUAUUGCAUGUCUCUUGAUACAGGUGAUAUUCUGACUACUUAUUUUGAUCAAAUUGCUGCUACAACAGAAGGGAAUGAUUUUGUCGUCCAAUUUGUUAUUUCGGAUGACGAAAUAUUUAUCAAGCAUGAGGGUAAAUACAUUGAUGGAAACGAAAUGUUAUUAACGAACGACAAGCCAGAAAUUGGAUUUACAUUGCUUCAAGAUAAUGAAGGAUACUAUAUUAUUAAAUUUAAAGAAAAAUAUAUAAAUAUUGAAUGGUUUAAGUCUGCAUAUGGUGGGAUAAUUUUUAAAGAAAAUUCAUGGACCCGAUUUAGUAUUGUUGAGUCCUAAUAGCACAUGUUUUUGGCU